CUUCCUGCUUCCUUUCGGUGCAACCUCAAAAUGAAAUUCGGAGAAAAAGCAAAAAAAGUCCAAAGGCAAGCAAGCCAUCGGAACGUGUGUUGCUUUUGGACGCACGCACGCCCCCUUCCCCCGCCCCUCUUUGCCUCCGACAGCCGUUGCUAGGUAUCAGGGAGCGGUGCGCCCUCUCGACGACCAUUGUCCGGAGAUGAAGUUCGGACGAUAUCUCGAGGAAAACAGCGUCGUCGAGUGGAAGCGUGCCUACCUCAAGUACCGCGGCUUGAAGAAGCUCAUCAAGCGCGUCGAUGCCCGUCACAAGGCCAGGCUCAACCUCGAGCUGCAGCUGGUCAGGUCCGAUGCCUCUGAAUCUUCAUCUGCAACUGCGCGAGGGGCCGGCUCGACGGAUGGGAGCGUGGGCAGUGCGUGGAGGAGAAUCGGCCUGAGGCAGAGAAAUGGCACGCAUCUGGAGCAGCAGGCCGGCCUCGACGGCGAGGAACGGAGCUAUGGCGGAACGGAUCGCAGUGCGCCUCUGCUCAAUGUGACAAGGUACAACGAGGAGCUUAGCCGUCUCCCCGUCGUCAGCUUCGAAGGAACCGGUCUCGAUUAUCCGAUGGAGUAUCGCUUACAGCAGCAGCAGCGACAGCAACAACAACGUCAAAGUGGUCAGGAGCCGGAGGCGCUGAGCCCCGAUCCCUCAUCUUCGCAGGCGACGAGAGUACCCUCGGACGAGGAGACGGUCUACAGCAAUACGCUUACGUCCAAAUUGGCACCAUUGGGCCUUCACGACGACGUCGAGAACGUCGCAGGGGCGACCAGUUCAGCGAGCAACGGCGCGAAAGCCAGUCUCUCGUUCGCAGACCCUCCCCUUGAGACGGUAAAGGCGCCCAUGGAGGGCGAGGAUGGCGACAAGUCGAAGAAGAGCUCGAAGCCCAAAAAGGAAAAGAAGCAGAAGAAGAAGAAGAGCCGGAAUCAAGAGUUGCUGAACGAGAUCUUGGAGGAGAAUUUGGACGAGGAAGAAAGGAAGUUCUUCUGGGCCCUCGACAACGAGUUGGAACACAUCGUGAGCUUCUACGAGGAGCGCGAGUCGAAUAUGGCGAGAAGGUACGAGAUCUUGGCAAGACAACUCGAGGAACUAUCGGAGCAUCGGAGAAUGUACAAGGCGCUGCAUCCACCUGGCCACCAAGCGGAUCAGCAGGGAACCGGCUCCUGGCUCGUUGACUAUGUCCAGAGGCCCGUCUCGGCGCUCAGACACUCUCCACUUCACGUUGUUGGCAGUGCUCCCGAAGCAAUUUCCAAGAUGAAAGGGUCAAGCGGCGACAAGAAGAAGUCAGGAGCAGCCAAGCGUAAGAUUCAGCAGGAGCAUGAAGAGGAGGACGAAGGAGAUCGAAGGCGCUCUGCGGCCCUCUCGAGAAUGUUCAACGUCAACGGUGGAUUCAUUUCCGAGGCCGACGAUGAGGAAAUCAGGAAGCACAACAAGGAUGCUGCCAUGAGCCAGGAUCCAGAGAGGUACAAGGCGGCAAGAAAGAAGCUCAAGGUGGCCGUCCUCGAGUACUACAAGGGCCUGGAGAUUCUCAAGAAUUACAAGAUUCUGAACCGAACGGGAAUCGCAAAGAUCUUGAAGAAGUUUGAAAAAACGACCGAGGUACGCUGCGCAGACGCUUACUACAGGGCGAAGGUGGCGCCCAGCAUCCUCGUGGCGAGCGAGAGCGUGGAGAAGCUCAUCAAGGGAACGGAAGGUGAGGGGCGAAGUAGGACCCUGCUGUCCUUCCUUCAUAGGAUAAUGGCUGACUCUGGUCAAGAAAUCUUUACGGCCUACUUUGAGCACGGCAAUCGCAAAAAAGCUCUCGAUCGACUCAGGGUCAAUGCCAGCGGUCAGACUGUUGACCAGCGCCACACACACCAUCUGAGUGUGGCUCGCGCUGGCUUCUUUGUCGGUGUAGCCUUGUGCGCUACUAUUGGUGGACUCAUUGAAGCAUUCCGACUGUAUUCGCGCUGCUUUUCGGCGUCAAUCUGGCUGUUUGGCACAAGGCGAGGGUCAACACCGUAUUCAUCUUCGAGUGGGAUGUCCGUCACGCCCUUGACUUCCACCAGUAUUUUGAGCUCCCGGCAUUCUUCAUCCUGCUCCUCAGCCUCGCCUUCUGGGUCAGCUUCCUCAAUCCUUUUCCAGAAAGUAUUGCACCGACUACAUGGCCAAUCGUCUACCUCGUCGUGGUCAUCGUCAUUCUCGUGAAUCCUUUGCCUAUCGCAAACCUUGAGAGCCGGAGGUGGUUUGUUGUAAGCAUCUGUCGCUGUUUUCACGGAGGCCUCCUGUCUGAGGUGGAGUUCCGGGACUUCUUUCUCGCGGACGAAUUGACGAGUCUGGCUUGGUCCAUCAGCAUGUUGUGGUUCAUU